UCUCUCCUUAGCAGAAACAAAAGAAUAGGAAUAUAGCUGGGAUCAGUCUCCAAAACUGGGACAUGGAUGGACAUAAGUUGUGCUGCUUUGAGACCACACACACUGUUUUUUCUACCUUUGCACUCUGACAAAUAUGAAUAAAAGCUGGCCUUGGGAUAAGUAACGCUGCGCAACUCAGUGCAGGGGGCGCUCCUCAACAAAGUCUGACAUUUUAAUACUGAUUGUUUCGGGAUGAAAACACUACUGCACAAAUACAUCAAAAUGAGUGUAAUGGACAUCAACAAGAUUUUCUCCAUGCUGAAGCCCAAAGAGGAUGACGAAGAGCUUGCAGAGGCACGUGAGCUUCACUUAGCGGUAACCAUGGAUAAUCCUGAGUAUCUAAAUUCACUGCUUUCACAGGACAGAUUUAAGGGAUUAAUCAAUACACGAUGUGGAUGGGGAGUUCCAAUGACCCCUCUACGCUUGGCUGCAUCCAAAGGCUCUCUAGAGUGUUUAAAGAUUCUCUUGGCCAAUGGAGCAGAGAUAGACAGCCUGGAUGUGAAGGCCCAGACACCUCUCUUUGCUGCAGUCAGUGCUGGACAUUUUGACUGUGUCAAGGAACUGCUGGAAGCUGGAGCCAGCCCAUGUGGCAGCAUCUAUAAUAAUGGUUCCCCUGUCCUCACUUCUGCUCGGGAAGGCAACGCCAGCAUUUUAAGGGAACUCCUAAAACAUGGAGCAGAAGUAAACGUCAAGUCAAAGUUGCCUGAUUGGGCUACGAAUAACACAAGCACCACAGGACCUUUAUAUCUUUCUGCAGUAUAUGGACACACACAGUGUUUCAAAACUCUUCUCCUUUAUGGAGCCGAUCCUGAUUAUAACUGUACUGACCAGAAACUUUUGCAGAAGAUCAAGCAAGCCAAAUCAGUGUUGGAGAUCUGCCUGAAGCAUGGCUGCAGAACACAUUUUGUACAACUGCUCAUUGAUUUUGGAGCUAAUUUGUAUUUGCCUGAUAUCCAUACAAGUAAAGCAUUCCCAAACCAUGAGGCAAAGGAACUUCUCAUGAGAGAAAGAGUCCAUCCCAGGUCCCUUAUGUCUCAGUCUCGUCUGACCAUAAGGAAGCAGCUGAAGGGGGCACAAGGGGCACUUUGCACUGAGCAUGCAAUUGAGCAGCUGGAGAUACCACAGUCAAUGAUCAGAUACCUACAGCACCAAACAUGAGAAAAUGGAGACCUUGCACUGACAGCUCUGCCAGAAACAUGGACACCAUACAUAACCCAGACUGGAGUGGUUGGUGGGCUUGGAGACUGAUCCAAUUAUUUGAAUAAAUUCAUGAACACAUGGCCAAAGACUGUCAUUUUUUUCAUCUACUCUAAGGACAAAGCAUUAGGUACUGGCAACCUUGGUUUGAUCUUAUUUGCAUUAUUAUACAUGGAAAUUGGGAGAGGAAGCACUAUUUGCAUUGCUCCUCGGCACCACUACUCCUGCAAUGAACUGUGUUUGAACAAAGGAAAUUCAAUAUAAAAAAGCAUACAUGUGUUUAAUGUGCCUGAAAAUCAAAGAAGGUUAAGGCAAGGUACAUUCCCAUUAAGAUUACAGUGCAUUUUUUUGUGGUUGUGUAAACCGAGUGUGAACUA